AUUAUAGUGAAUGAGUGUAAAAAUAUGACUGGAAAAAUAUCUCAUUCUGAAUUGGAACGUGCCAAGGCCCAGUUGCAGUCAGUUCUUUUAAUGCAUUUAGAAUACACUCAAGUCAUGUUUGAAGAUGUUGGUCUUCAGGUUUUGUUUAAUGGGACCAAAAAGGACACUGAAUCUUAUAUUAAGGAAAUUGCUAAAGUAACUUCUGAUGAUAUUCACAAUAUUGCUACACGUAUGCUGAGAAAAAAAGUUUCUGUGGCUGCUCUUGGAAACUUGAAGUAUUUGCCGAGCUUGGAAAAAAUUGAAGCAAGUCUCGUGAUCAAAGAAAAAUUGUAAACUAGAAGAUUUUCACUGUUUUCAUUUCUUUGCAUAGUAUAUACUUUAAAGCCAGACAGCUAAGAAUUACCAUUUAUAUAUUCUGCAUUUUUCAUUCAUUCUGUGAUAUAUUUAAUUGAUUGCCAUAAAUAAGAAGCUAAUUAUGUGAUUUAAGGAUUUUAUUUUGUUGAUUUCUUUAUACAACAUUAUGCUUUGAAAAAUAGUUAAGGUAACUAAAUAUUGAUGAACUUUCAAAUGCACUGAAUAAUGUAAUUUUUGAUAAUGGAAUAAAGUAUUUCCAGUUAC